AUGGCCUCUGAAUCUGCACAAACUCUGAAUCCCUCCUCUGGAUUCAUUGCUGAAGAACUCCAUAUGCAGACAAUGAGUGCCAACUUUGAGACAAGUCUUGUUGGAGAUAUGGGUGGACCUCUUGCCUAUGGUUUACCUUUGCCAGCAGAUGACAAGUGCUGCGUGGAGGAGGAUGACUUGCCCAGGUCAACUCAUGGUAGUUCACCAGCUGAUGAGGACAUCGAGCUAGUCGAAAUUAGACAGGAAGGACUGGCAGAUGAAAUACCACACGAAGGCACUCAAGUCGACAAUGCAUCCCUCCUGAACGCUAUCGUCUAG